UUUGUUUUGCGGUCUUGAUGAAAAUAGGAUUGUUGCAUGCAAAAAAUAUAUAGUGGAAGGUUGCUCUUCUUUUGCAUUUUGACACAAAAUGUGUUAAGUACAUUUCGAUAAUGAUGGCUGGACGUACACGUAUUAGUGGAAUCUCCUUUUGUGGACUUAAAAAUUGCAGACCUGCUUUUUCUACAAAAAAUGCGAGGCAAUUGAACUAUUUGGCUUUUGAUACAUGCACAAAAAAAGCGAGUCCUGGUCACCAUGACCAUGCGAAGGUAACAAUAAGACCAUUCUCCAAAGUCAGAUGUCAUCACUUUCUGUCAAAGAAGACUGCAAGAGUUGUCAGAUAUUACAGUACUGCAUUACCUUCUCAUGAGAAAGUGAAGUUACCUAACCUUUCUCCAACUAUGGAGGUUGGUACCAUUGUCUCUUGGGAAAAACAAGAAGGAGAACGCAUAGAAGAAGGGGAUGUUUUGGCAUUGAUUGAAACUGAUAAGUCUACCAUGGAAAUGGAGACUCCAGAGGAAGGUUAUCUAGCAAAGAUUUUACUUCCGGCUGGCUCUAAAGAUGUUCCAGUUAAUCAACUAAUCGCAAUUAUUGUAAGUGAGGAAGAAGACGUAGCAGUGUUUAAAAAUUACACUGGUGCAGAUGAUGCAUCUGUCACUGCAGAUCAGCAGUCAGUCCCAGCACCAGCAGAAACUGCUUCACCUCCACAAUCUGCACCCUCCCCUCCACCUUCACCUCCUGCUGCUACUCCAACACCAACCGCUUCUCCUACAGCUCGUGUGUUUGGUAGUCCAUUGGCAAAGAGAAUUGCACUGGAACGAGGCAUUGAUAUUAAUAAGGUAACUGGAACAGGUCCACGAGGAAGAAUAACUGUAGAAGAUGUAGAGUCGUAUCAAGGGCCAUCUACCACUGGUGCUUCUCCUGCACCUACACCUUCUGUGCCAACAUCCCCACCGCCACCACCACCAGCUGGUGCCACAUACACUGAUAUCGAUUUGUCAAAUAUGAGAAAAACAAUUGCAAAAAGACUUACCGAAUCCAAACAGACAGUUCCACAUUAUUACUUGUCGGUUGACAUCAACAUGGAUGAAGUUGUUGAGUUGCGGAAAACUCUCAAUAAUGACUCAAAUGGUGAAUUUAAAUUAUCUGUCAAUGACUUCAUAGUCAAAGCUGCAGCGUUGUCACUGAUGAAAGUACCAGAAUGCAAUUCACAGUGGAUGAACGACUAUAUUAGACAAUUUCACAAUGUGGAUGUAAGUGUCGCAGUCAGUACUGAGGGUGGUUUGAUCACACCAAUUGUUUUUGAUGCUAACAAGAAGGGGUUGACCACUAUAAAUGCUGAUAUAGUGUCCCUAGCUGCAAAAGCAAGAGACAAGACAAUUCAACCACAUGAAUUUGUAGGAGGAACAUUUACGAUAUCAAACCUUGGCAUGUAUGGUAUCACUAAUUUUUCAGCAGUCAUCAAUCCUCCACAGAGUUGUAUACUCGCCGUUGGUGGAACUGAGGAGCGGGUUGUCCCGGACGCGUCUUCUGAAAUCGGCUUCAAAACAGCAAAAAUGAUGAGUGUUACGCUAAGUUGUGACCACCGGGUUGUCGAUGGGGCUGUUGGUGCACAAUGGUUGAAGACGUUCAGGUCGUAUCUUGAAAAACCAAUCACCAUGAUCCUGUAGUGUCUCACAAAGAAACCAGCUCCUUCCAUGAUAUUUUAAUUAUUUGUCGGUUACCGGCAAUUUUGUAGCAAGAUAGUUUUAGAAUUUAUCAUAGAAAGGAAUAAAUAUAUUCUGUGUGAAA